AUGGCGCGACACUAUAACUAGCUCUGAUGAGUUGGGUGGUGGGGGCUUUUGGGGAAGUGCAUGCUUUCGCAAAGGCAAAGCGUAGGUGUAGACCCACCACCCAAUUAAUGUCUCCUGGGCCCUAUCUGCAUCACCACCACCCUCACCCUCACCACCAAAAACUCCAGCUUCAACUCCUUCCCAAGCUAGAAGAAGGAUCUGAAGCCUAUGCUGCUGUUAAUGGCCUCCUCCUACAAUCCAAUGAUGCUGAAGAUGAAGCUGAAGAAGAAGAAGAAGAAGAAGAGGAAGGAAAGGACGCCCAUCAUGUUAACAAUGGCUUAAUGUUCCUCAAGAGGAAGAAGGAGAGCUGCGGCUACUCCUACUCCCACGACUACCAUAAUUUCCUCUGUAAAAGUAGUGCAUUGUUGGCUCCUCCCUCCUCUUUCCCCACAUGGAUGCCGCCGGAAAUUGAAUGGCGCGAACGCAAGAAACCCCGAGCGUGCGGCGGCAGCAACGGCGAGCCGGCGAUGCUGCAGUUCCGCAGGGAGGUGGAGAAGCUCCAGCGGAUGGUCCGGGCCUCGGAGGAGGCCUGCCCUGUCGCGCUGUCGCGGUUCGAAGGCGAGGAGGACGGCGGCGGCAGCGUGCGGCUGGUGCAGCUGCUGAUCGCCUGCGCGGAGGCCGCCGCCUGCCGCGACCGCGCGCAGGCGUCGGCGCUGCUGCGCGAGCUGCAGUCGGCGGCGGUGGUCCACGGCUCCGCCUUCCAGCGCGUGGCCUCCUGCUUCGUGCAGGGGCUGUCGGACCGCCUGGCGCUGGUGCAGCCGCUCGGCGCCGUCGGCAUCGUGGGGGCGGCGGCGGCUUCCUCCGCCGCCGCCGGCGAUGGCUAUGGCGAUGGGGGGCUGCGGGCGCGGCGGGAGGAGGCGCUGGGGCUGGCGUACGAGGUGUGCCCGUACAUGCAGUUCGGGCACUUCGCGGCGAACGCGGCCAUGUUGGAGGCCUUCGAGGGAGAAAGCGUGGUGCACGUGGUGGACCUGGGGAUGACCAUGGGCCUGCCCGGCGGCCACCAGUGGCGCGGCCUGCUCGACGGCCUCGCCCGCAGGCAGCCGCCGAAUCUGCCGCGGCGCGUGCGCAUCACGGGCGUCGGCUUGGGGGGAGCUGCUGUUGAGCGGAUGCGGGAGAUCGGAGAAGGGAUCGUGGAGGGGCUGCGGGCGGAGCAGCUGCGGGUGGAGCCCGGGGAGGCGCUGGUGGUGAACACCGUGCUGCAGCUGCACUGCGUCGUGAAGGAGAGCCGCGGCGCCCUCAACGCCGUCCUGCAGACCAUCCACCGCCUCUCCCCGCGCCUCCUCGUCCUCGUCGAGCAGGAUUCCAGCCACAACGGCCCCUUCUUCCUCGGCAGGUUCAUGGAGGCGCUGCACUACUACUCGGCGAUCUUCGACUCGCUGGACGCGGCGCUGCCCAAGUACGCCACGAAGCGGGCGAAAGUGGAGCAGUUCCACUACGCCGAGGAGAUCAAGAACAUCGUCAGCUGUGAGGGCCCGGCCCGGGUGGAGCGGCACGAGCGCCUCGACCAGUGGCGCCGCCGAAUGAGCCGCGCGGGGUUCCAGCCCGUGCCGCUCAAGAUGAUGGCGCAGGCGAGGCUCUGGCUCGCCGACGCCAAAAAGAAGUUCUGCGACGGUUACACCGUCGCAGAGGAGAAGGGGUGCUUAGUUCUCGGGUGGCAGUCGAAGCCCAUAAUAGCAGUCUCAUGCUGGAAAUGCUAAGUAUAUCUAAGAAUCACUAAUCAAUGGAGCUCACAAAAUUACUUUUUUAAGCAGCAAUAAAUUAAGUAGUUUUGAUCAUCACCAUCAGUUUGGAGCAAAGAGGCUGAGGUGAGAAUUUAAAGAA